AUGAGCGCGCGCCGCAUCAACAGUGUCGUGACUUGUGAUAAUAGUUCAGCACUUAUUUCCGACUUAUUUCAACACUUGGCAUCUAAGUGCCUGAGUGAAGUGAAUGACGGCUUCGGCUGGGCCAUAUCAUUCAUAUUUGAGACACAAUAUACUGGUACCAGUGUAUUUAUGCCACGUUUAACUAACUCACCCAAUGGCUUCGUGUCAUGUGUGUUGGGCACAUUGUGCAUUAGGUUAGGAACACUUUUCUUAAGUUACCGCGACAUGAAUAAGACACUUUAUGCAUCCUAUGAUAACGUGCCCCCGAAGGAGUGGAUAUGGCCCUACUUGUGGAAAGAAAGUGGGAGGCCGGACAACAGGGCCGCCCCAGUUAAGGCCAGGGAACGAUACAUGCAUUGGCCCAGAAAGAAAGCCUCAACACGACGUACCAUGGAAAGAGACUCGUGCAGCAGGUGA